AUGUUGGGUCUUGAAUACGAAGGAUCUGAUUUCGCUCUUCUUGAAUCGAUUCGAAGGCAUCUAUUAGAUGAAUCGGAAUUAUCGACAACUCGUUCGAUGAAUUUGACGGUAAGGAACUCCAGUAAUGCUCCAGUGUAUUGUAAGGGAUCCAGUUCCAGUAGCAUUAGUCUCUUCCCUUGCUUGACUGAUAACUGGGGAGAUCUGCCAUUAAAGGUGGAUGACUCGGAGGAUAUGGUGGUCUAUGGUGUUCUCCGUGACGCCGUCAAUGCUGGAUGGAAUCCGUCCCUGUCGGCGGACUCAUCAAAUACCAGUAGCAGCGGCGGCUGUAGGGAUGUUAGUGAUUUGACUGAUGUUAUCGUUAAAGCAGAGUCUCAAGAGACGACUUUUGGCGCCGUAUUUCAGGCCAAACUGACGGCUUCGGCUUCGGCUUCGGCUUCGGCUUCGGCUUUGGCUUCAUCCACUGUGACUACUGCAUCAUCGACGGCACCGGAGAUAACUUCAAUGACGGCACCAACUGCGGCUCCAUUGAAGCGGAAGCAUUACAGAGGAGUACGACAACGGCCAUGGGGGACAUUUGCGGCGGAGAUCAGAGAUCCGGCGAAGAAUGGCGCUAGCGUUUGGCUUGGUACGUUCGAGCUGGCUGAAGACGCUGCGUUGGCAUACGAUCGAGCUAAUCACAGGAUGCGCGGAUCCAGAGCUCGGCUAAAUUUUCCGCUUCGGCUCAGCUCAGUCGAUUCCGAACCGGUUCCUGUAACCUCGGCAUCGGCGUCGUCAUUUGUAUCAGACAACGGGCCUCCUAAGAGGAGGAAACGAGGUGUGGUUGCUUCAUCUGCGGUGACAGCUCAAACUGGGUUAGAAACAAUGAGCCGACCGGCUGUGCUCCAUGGCAUCUUGUAG